AUGUACUCUGCAGGUUUGGAGAUCCUUGGGAUGAUCCUGGCUGUGGCCGGUUGGCUGGGGGUGAUGGUGGCUUGUGGCCUGCCUAUGUGGCGGGUGGCUGCCUAUAUCGGUCAGAACAUUGUCAUCUCUCAAGUGAUCUGGGAAGGCUUGUGGAUGAAUUGCUCGGUGCAGAGUACGGGCCAGAUGCACUGCAAGGUACACGACUCCAUGCUGGGGCUGCCAGUGGACCUACAGGCGGCUCGUGCCUUAGUUAUCGUGUCCUUGGUGCUCUGCAUUAUGGGGAUCAGUCUGUCAGUGGCUGGUGCCAAGUGCACUAACUGUAGCCAGGAUGUGAGCAGUAAACCUCGACUCGUGCUGGCCGCUGGAGUAAUCUUCAUAGUUGCUGGACUGCUGCUAUUGGUGGCUGUUUCGUGGACAGCCCACGCCAUCGUACUGGGCUUCUAUGACCCAAUGCUGGAGGAGACGGGUAAAAGGGAGUUUGGUAACGCUCUGUACUUUGGCUGGGCUGCCUCCUGCCUGCUCAUCCUAGGAGGUGCACUGCUCUGUUGCUCCUGCCCUCCAAAAACAGCCACAGCACAAAGCGGCAGUGGCUCUGCGCCUCCCCGAGUGGACUAUUCAACUCUCAAGACCAUGUCAGUCAACGGCUACACCAGAAGAGACUAUGUAUGA